AUGUGUGGCUCUCGACGCGAUCAGGCGGCCGGUACGACUAAUGUCCCCGGCCGUGAGGUCUUGCCCACCAACGUCAAGCCCCUCCACUAUGACUUGACGCUUGAACCGAACUUCGAGACCUUCAAAUAUGAAGGAACUGUGGUUAUCGACCUACAGGUCAACGAAGACACUACGUCCAUCGCCCUCAAUUCCACCGAAAUCGACAUCCACACAGCUACCAUUUCCAGCAACGGAUCAGUAGUCAAUUCUUCUCCCGAGAUCCUAUUCAACAAGGAUAAGCAGGAAGCCACUAUCAAAUUCCCCGAGACUGUCCCCGCCGGUUCCACAGCUCAGCUCAAGCUGACCUUCACCGGCACGCUAAAUGACAACAUGGCUGGUUUCUACCGCUCUUCGUACAAGACGCCGCAAGGCGAGACCAAAUACAUUGCCUCGACGCAGAUGGAACCCACUGAUGCCCGCCGGGCUUUCCCCUGCUUCGACGAGCCCGCGCUCAAAGCUAAGUUCACGGUCAGUCUCAUUGCAGACAAGAGCAUGACUUGCCUGGGCAACAUGGACGUCGCCUCGGAGCAGGAUAUUGAGGGUGGAAGGAAGAUCGUCAAGUUCAACACAUCUCCAGUCAUGUCUACAUACCUGGUGGCUUUCAUUGUUGGUCAUCUCAACUACAUCGAGACCAAGAACUUCCGCGUCCCCAUCCGCGUUUAUGCUACGCCUGACCAGGACAUCGAGCACGGUCGCUUCUCUCUGGAGCUUGCGGCGAAGACACUCGCAUUCUACGAAAAGGCUUUCGAUAACGAGUUCCCGCUCCCGAAGAUGGACAUGGUUGCGGUGCCCGAUUUCAGCGCCGGAGCCAUGGAGAACUGGGGUCUAAUUACCUACCGUAUCGUCGAUGUGCUCCUGGAUGAGAAGACUAGCAGUGCGUCACGAAAGGAGCGCAUUGCUGAAACUGUUCAGCACGAGCUUGCUCACCAAUGGUUUGGAAACUUGGUCACCAUGGACUUCUGGGACGGUCUUUGGCUUAAUGAAGGUUUCGCCACCUGGAUGUCCUGGUACUCAUGCAACAGCUUCUACCCCGAAUGGAAGGUCUGGCAGACGUACGUUAUCGACAACCUGCAGAGUGCCCUUUCGCUCGACUCCCUUCGCAGCAGUCACCCCAUCGAAGUGCCCGUGAAGCGUGCAGAUGAGAUUAACCAGAUCUUUGAUGCCAUUUCUUACUCCAAGGGAUCUUCUGUCCUGCGCAUGAUCUCCAAGUAUCUGGGUGAAGAUGUCUUCCUCCAGGGUGUUCGUAACUACAUCAAGCAGCACGCGUACGGCAACACACAGACCGGUGAUCUCUGGUCCGCCCUUGCCAAUGCCAGUGGCAAGCCCGUGGAGGAGGUCAUGGACAUCUGGACUAAGAAUGUGGGAUUCCCUGUUGUCACCGUCUCGGAAAAUGCCCAGUCUUCGUCCAUCAAAGUCAAGCAGAACCGCUUCCUUCGCACAGGAGACGUUCGUCCUGAGGAGGACAAGACUAUCUUCCCGAUCAUGCUUGGCUUGCGCACGAAGCAGGGUAUCGACGAGGACACUCUUCUGUCUGAGCGCGAGGGCGAGUUCAAGGUUCCCGACCUUGAUUUCUACAAGCUCAACGCCGACCACUCCGCCAUCUACCGCACAUCGUACACUCCCGAGCGUCUGACCAAGCUAGGCGAGGCCGCCAAGGCGGGAUUGCUCACCGUCGAGGACCGCGCAGGCAUGAUCGCCGACGCCGGUGCCUUGGCUGCCUCUGGUUACCAAAGCACUUCCGGUUUGUUGUCACUGCUGGCCGGAUUCGACAGCGAGCCCGAGUUUGUUGUUUGGAAUGAAAUCCUGACCCGUAUUGGUGCUCUUCGUGCUGCUUGGAUCUUCGAAGAUAAGCAGACCAAGGAUGCACUCGAGGCUUUCCAGCGCUCUCUGGUCAGCGACAAGGCGCACACUCUGGGAUGGGAGUUCUCUGAGAACGAUGGUCACAUCAUUCAACAGUUCAAGGCUUUACUGUUCAGCGCCGCUGGUAGCGCCGGUGACAAGAAGAUAGUCCAGGCUGCCCAAGACAUGUUCCAGCGCUUCGCUGCCGGCGAUGUCAGCGCCAUCCACCCCAACAUUCGCGGUAGCGUCUUCUCGAUCGUCCUGAAGCACGGCGGUAAGAAGGAAUAUGAAGUUGUGUACGACCGCUUCCGUAACGCUCCCACGUCUGACGAGAAGACCACCGCUCUCCGCUGCCUGGGUGCGGCCGAGGACCCUGAGCUCAUCCAGCGCACUCUCGGCUUGGCUCUUGGUGACGAGGUCAAGAACCAAGACAUUUACAUGCCCCUUGGCGGCCUCCGCACUCACGCCCCCGGUAUCGAUGCCCGCUGGGCCUGGGUGAAGGCCAACUGGGACACCCUCUACCAGCGCCUGCCCCCUGGACUUGGCAUGCUCGGAACUGUCGUUCAAAUUUGCACUGCCAGCUUCUGCACGGAAGCGCAACUCAAGGACGUGCAGGACUUCUUCGCCAACAAGGAUACCAAGGGCUACGACCGAGCGAUUGAGCAGAGUCUUGACGCUAUCCGCGCCAAGGUCAGCUGGGUGCAGCGCGACAGUGCUGACGUUGGAUCAUGGUUGAAGACGAAGGGAUACCUUCCCGGUGGUGGCAAGCUCUAG